CGCGGGGCGGCUCUCGCGCGAGGUCACGUGCUCGCUGUCAAACACGGGGCGCCGUUACCUGCGUCAGGGCGGGGCCAGGGUCGCUCGUUGAUUGGUUAGAAGCGGCAACCGUUCCUCGCUGCUAUUGGCUGGCGGCCGGCUUGGGGCGGGGCCGCGCUGUAGAGCGGCGGUUGAGCAGCGGCAGUUGGCGGCCGGGGCGUUGGAGCGGUUGGUUUGAAUCGGCGGGGCCAGCGGCGGGCGCGGAGAGUGUCGCCGCCAUGAGGAAGAGUGAGGUGCUGGCGGCCGAGGCCGUGUCGUGCCUGAACCGGGCUAUGGCGGCUCUGCGGGCUAUCUGGGAGGAGAUCGGCAUCCCCGAGGAGCAGCGCCUGGAGCGUACCGAUGUCGUUAAGAAGCACAUCAAGGACCUCCUAGACAUGAUGGUGGCAGAGGAGGAGAACCUGAAGGAGCGGCUCUUGAAGAGCAUCGCCAUGUGUCGGAGGGAGCUUGACGCCCUCUGCAAGGAGCUCCAGCUGGAGCCCAUCCAGGUGGAGGAAGGAAGUACCAUUCUGCAGAUGGAAAAGAAUUUGCGCACCCAUGUGGAAGUGUUGUUAAAGCAGAAAAGGGACAGGAAGCAGGAGCUGAAAACCUUGCAAGAACAAGAUCGAGAUUUGUGCGACAUUCUCUGCACAUCCCUGUUCUGCAUUAACAGUGAUGCUGUGCCCAGCCUGGAGGACCUGGAUCGUUACAGGCGCCACUUGGCCUCCCUGACCGCUGUGAAGGAGCAAAGGCAGGAAGAGUUUGUCAGCAGGAAGCGGCAAAUCAUCCUCCUGAUGGAGGAGCUGGACCACACUCCAGACACAAGCUUUGAGCGGGAUGUGGUGACCGAGGACGAGGAAGCCUUCUGUUUGUCUGAGGACAACAUUGCUGCCCUCCAGAAUCUGCUGCAGCAGCUGGAAGCCCAGCGAUCCCUGAAUGAAGCUGUGUGCACAGAGCUGCGCUCCAGAAUUGUUGCACUCUGGGAAAGGCUGCAGGUUCCUCUGGAGGAGAGAGAGUCUUCUGCGGUGCACGUGGCUGGAUCCAGAGCCAAAACUAGGAAAGCUUUGCAGUUGGAAGUGGACCAUCUGGAGGAGCUGAAGCUGCAGAACAUUAGAUCUGUGAUUCAAGGAAUUCGGGCAGAGCUGGCUGACUACUGGGACAAAUGCUUCUACAGUCAGGAGCAGAGGGAAGUCUUCAGCCCCUAUUACGACGAGGACUAUACAGAGACCCUGCUUGAUCUCCACGAAGCUGAGGUGGAGAAGAUGAAGAGCUACUAUGAAACACACAAAGAUCUGUUUGAGGCUGUCCAGAAAUGGGACGAGAACUGGAAGCUGUUCCUGGAACUGGAGAAGAAAGCAUCUGACCCCAGUCGCUUCACCAACCGUGGGGGGAAUCUGCUGAAAGAAGAGAAGCAGCGAGCGAAGCUGCAGAAGACACUUUCCAAGUUGCAGGAGGAGCUGGAGAGCAGGGUCCAGGCCUGGGAGCAGGAGCAUGAGGGGACUUUCCUGGUGAAGGGGCAGCGGUUCUUGGAGUAUGUGAUGGAGCAGUGGCAGCUGUACCACCUGGAGAAAGAGAAGGAGAAACAGGAGAGGCACCUGAAGAAAAGCCGCCAGAUUGAGACCGAGAUGAUGUAUGGCAGCACCCCACGAACACCUGUCAAGCGGCAAGUGCUUGGCCCCCACACGCCUGGCAAAGUAAGGAAGCUCAACAGCACCUUCCACUCCAGGGCCACACCCAACAGUACCAUCCGUUUAGCUUUUGGAGGAGCCAUCUACCACUCGCCAACAUCACGGUUGCCACCUUCUGGAGGGAAGACUGGCCAGGCUCGGACCCCCAGCCGCAUGCUUGUGAAGCCUUCCCGUCCUGGACGCAGGGAGCAGAACAAGGAGAACAUGUCCCACCUGAAUGGAACCACCCUCAGCGGUGGGUGCACCCCUACAGCCCCUGCCCAGCGUAACCAGAGCGUUAAUUCUGUUGCCAGCAGCUAUUCUGAAUUUGCGCGCGAACUUUCAAAGGCUUCAAAGUGUGACAGCAGCUCCCGCGUUCUGAACUCCACCACUGCCUUCUCCUGAGAUGCUGUCUGCGGCGCUCCAGCUUCUCCUAGCUGUAGUGAGUUGCUGCUGAGGCCGAGUGUUACACAGCUCCCCCUGCAACCAGCCAGCCGGGCUCUUAGUGGGGCAGGGCAAGGGGGGUUCCUGAUUGCUGGGGUAGGGUGUGAAAGGGGACUUCUUAAAAACUUGUUUUUAAAAAAUUGUAAUUAAAGAUUUAAGUAUGUUGUAUUAGAGUAGCAUAGCAGUGGGUGCUGGCUCCUGCCCCCGGGGGAAGCCAUUGGUGCUUGGACGCGGGGCCUCUGCCUUGCUGAGCAUGCUCGGGGACAGACAGGACCCAUUUCAUUUCACAGAGCUGGCCUCAGUGCCUUUCCUUGCAGGCUUUUUUUCCCCUGCAUAUUUCCGUAGCAUCUUCCUUUCUCAACAUCACAGCAGGCUUGUUUUACCUGGCAUUCCCUUAGCAGGCUUUGUUUGGCCCCAGAGCACUGGCCUCGCCCCUGCUGGGGGGGCAGCAGCAGGGCACCUGGGGGGAGGCAAGCCUGACGGGGGGGUAUGGCCUGUACCCUGUGGAGGGGCAGAGCCUGCAGCAGGGAGUGCCAAAGCAAGCAGUGCUACCAAGGAAGCAAGCUACAGUGAGACAAGAUCUUCUUCCCUGCCAUCGGGAGCGGGGGGCAGCUUCUCCUACCCCCAGGACCUGCUCUGUGCCGUCCACCACUGCCCUCCCUCACCCUUCGCCCUGGCAGAGGUCAGCGAGCCCAGUGCAUUGGCGGUACAACACAGCCCUGGGCACUGUUUAGGGGGGCCUGUUUGCACCUUUGUUAAAGAAGCUCUGUAUAUAUGUUAUUUGUCCCUGGUCAUGGCUAAUUUGCACCUUGUUAUCACUACACUCCCCCCCACUUGCUGUUAUGCUACCAGUUCGUUCCCCUUGUUCUGUAAUCCGUUCUGUAUAUAUGUUAAUGGAAAUAAUACUUUUAUGUGUAUAUA